UUCUCCGGUGCCUUGCCGAGGAGGAUCGCUCCCUAGCUCUAGAACUCGCCUGCUGGCGGACUUGCUCGGCUUGAUUUGGGAGAUAACUUGCCUCGCUCCCACCCACAUCCCCUUUCCUUGACCACUUCCAGUCGGACGUUCUAGAUGACUGAAUGGAGUUUUGAGUUGGACUCUUGUGUCCCCUACGGAGUCGGGCCUGAUCCCGGAGCGCUGGGGGUGGGGUGGAGGUGUUACUGUAAAAUGCAAGUUGGAUAAAAGGAGGACCUCUCGCCAAGGGCCCCAAUGAGUGGCACACAGUCUACUAUCACCGACAGGUUUCCCCUCAAAAAACCUAUAAGGCAUGGAAGUAUUUUGAACCGAGAGUCACCAACAGAUAAGAAGCAGAGAGUUGAGCGCAGUACAUCCCAUGAUUUUGACCCCACAGAUAGCUCCUCCAAGAAGACAAAGUCUAGUUCAGAGGAGAGUAGAUCCGAGAUAUAUGGUCUUGUUCAGCGUUGUGUGAUCAUCCAGAAGGAUGACAAUGGAUUUGGGCUGACGGUCAGUGGAGACAAUCCAGUGUUCGUACAGUCUGUCAAAGAAGAUGGAGCAGCCAUGCGGGCUGGUGUACAGACAGGUGAUCGAAUCAUCAAGGUGAAUGGAACUCUGGUGACUCAUUCAAACCAUUUGGAAGUGGUGAAGCUAAUCAAAUCGGGUUCCUAUGUAGCUCUCACUGUUCAGGGACGCCCACCUGGGUCGCCCCAGUUUCCACUUGCUGAUUCUGAAGUAGAACCAUCAGUCGUUGGACAUAUGUCUCCCAUCAUGACAUCCCCUCAUUCACCUGGAGCAUCUGGGAAUAUGGAGAGAAUUACUAGUCCUGUGCUCAUGGGGGAGGAAAACAAUGUGGUUCAUAACCAGAAAGUAGAAAUUCUGAGAAAAAUGUUACAGAAAGAACAGGAACGGCUACAGUUAUUGCAGGAAGAUUACAGCCGAACACCUGCCCAAAGAUUGCUAAAAGAGAUCCAAGAGGCCAAGAAACACAUUCCUCAACUGCAAGAGCAGUUAUCCAAAGCCACAGGCUCUGCUCAGGAUGGAGCUGCAGUUACAUCCUCCAAGCCAUUAGGCGAUGGGCUAGCAGUCAGUGAAAUAGAAGCAGAUCCUGGUGAUGGACUAGGCAGAACUGACUAUGGCAGUGGAGAUGCUUCUCGGCCCAGUAGUGACAGUGCAGAGAGUCCCAAGAGUGGCCUGAAAGAGAGGAUUUAUCUAGAGGAAAACCCAGAGAAAAGUGAAGUAAUUCAGGACACUGACACUCAAUCACUUAUUGGGAGUCCCUCUACCCGUAUAGCACCUCAUAUUAUUGGAGCAGAGGAUGAUGACUUUGGUACUGAACAUGAACAGAUCAAUGGGCAGUGCAGCUGUUUCCAGAGCAUUGAACUGCUAAAAUCUCGCCCUGCUCACUUGGCUGUUUUCUUACACCAUGUAGUUUCACAGUUUGACCCUGCAACAUUGCUCUGUUAUCUCUAUUCAGACCUGUAUAAACAGACCAAUUCCAAGGAGACUCGUCGUGUCUUCCUUGAGUUUCAUCAGUUCUUCCUGGAUCGAUCUGCACACCUGAAAGUUUCUGUUCCUGAUGAAAUAUCAGUAGAUCUAGAAAAAAGAAGACCCGAGCUUAUUCCUGAGGAUCUACAUCGCCACUAUAUCCAAACUAUGCAAGAAAGAGUCCACCCAGAAGUUCAAAGGCACUUGGAAGAUUUUCGACAGAAACGUAGCAUGGGGCUGACCUUGGCUGAAAGCGAACUGACUAAAAUUGAUGCAGAGAGAGACAAGGACCGGGUAACUCUGGAGAAGGAACGGGCAUGUGCAGAGCAGAUUGUUGCCAAAAUUGAAGAAGUGUUGAUGACUGCUCAGGCUGUAGAAGAAGAUAAGAGUUCAACAAUGCAAUAUGUUAUUCUCAUGUACAUGAAGCAUUUAGGAGUAAAAGUGAAAGAACCUCGAAAUUUGGAGCACAAGCGAGGUCGGAUUGGAUUCCUUCCAAAAAUCAAGCAAAGUAUGAAGAAAGAUAGGGAAGGCGAAGAAAAAGGGAAGCGAAGAGGAUUCCCCAGCAUCUUGGGACCUCCAAGGAGACCAAGCCGUCAUGACAACAGUGCAAUUGGCAGAGCCAUGGAACUACAGAAGCAGCGCCACCCUAAGCACAUAUCCACACCCUCAUCUGUGAGUCCUGAACCUCAGGACUCUGCUAAGUUGCGCCAGAGUGGAUUAGCAAGUGAAGGAGCAGACAUUGGGUACCUGCCAGCCAAUUCCAUGUCCUCCGUGGUUUCAGGGGCCACUCUUUCCCAGGAAGGAGGGAAAGAGAAUGAUAUGGGAUCAAAGCAAGUUGGAGAAACGCCAGCAUCUGGAGACUCCUUAGAUGGCACACCUCGUACUCCCAGUACCAUCUUUGACUUCCCACCUCCUCCAUUAGACCAAGUGCAGGAGGAGGAAUGGGAAGUGGAAAGGGUGACUGAACAUGGGACACCAAAGCCCUUUCGAAAGUUUGACAGCAUAGCUUUUGGAGAAAGUCAAAGUGAGGAUGAACAGUUUGAAAAUGACUUAGAGACAGAUCCACCCAACUGGCAACAGCUCGUUAGUCGAGAAGUGUUACUGGCACUAAAGCCUUGUGAGAUCAAAAGACAGGAAGUAAUUAAUGAAUUGUUCUACACUGAAAGAGCUCAUGUUCGAACAUUGAAGGUUCUAGAUCAAGUGUUCUAUCAGCGAGUUUCCAGAGAAGGAAUUCUGUCACCUUCAGAACUACGGAAAAUUUUUUCAAACUUAGAAGAUAUUCUUCAACUUCACAUUGGGUUGAAUGAGCAAAUGAAGGCUGUUCGAAAGAGGAAUGAGACAUCUGUUAUUGAUCAGAUUGGGGAAGAUUUGCUGACUUGGUUCAGUGGACCCGGGGAGGAAAAGUUGAAACAUGCCGCUGCUACCUUUUGCAGUAACCAACCCUUUGCCCUGGAAAUGAUCAAGUCUCGUCAGAAAAAGGACUCUCGAUUCCAGACUUUUGUGCAAGAUGCUGAGAGUAAUCCACUGUGUCGUCGUCUGCAGCUGAAAGAUAUCAUUCCCACCCAAAUGCAGAGGCUGACUAAGUACCCUCUUCUGUUGGAUAACAUUGCCAAAUACACAGAAUGGCCAACAGAAAGGGAGAAGGUGAAGAAAGCUGCAGAUCACUGUCGUCAGAUCUUAAAUUAUGUAAAUCAGGCUGUUAAGGAGGCAGAAAACAAGCAGCGCUUAGAAGAUUAUCAGCGUCGCCUUGAUACCUCCAAUCUGAAGUUGUCAGAGUACCCAAAUGUUGAAGAGCUCAGGAAUUUGGAUUUAACAAAAAGGAAGAUGAUUCAUGAAGGGCCAUUGGUUUGGAAGGUGAAUAGAGAUAAAACUAUUGAUCUAUACACUUUGCUGCUGGAAGAUAUUCUUGUAUUGUUACAAAAGCAGGACGAUAGACUGGUGUUAAGGUGUCAUAGUAAGAUUCUGGCAUCUACAGGUGAUAGCAAACACACAUUUAGCCCUGUCAUCAAGUUGAAUACAGUGUUGGUUCGACAAGUGGCAACAGAUAACAAAGCUUUAUUCGUCAUCUCCAUGUCUGACAAUGGAGCCCAAAUUUAUGAACUGGUGGCACAGACAGUUUCUGAAAAGACUGUCUGGCAGGACCUCAUCUGUCGGAUGGCUGCAUCAGUGAAGGAGCAGUCCACAAAGCCAAUUCCACUGCCACAGUCACCACCUUGCGAAGGAGACAAUGAUGAAGAAGAACCUCCAAAAUUAAAAGUGGAACAUCAUGGCAUUUCAGUCACUGGUCUGCAGAGUCCAGACAGAGAUUUGGGAUUAGAGUCUCCUUUGAUGUCGUCAAAACCUCAAUCUCAUUCACUGGAUACCUCUGGGAAAUCGGAGGUGGAUGAUCUCUUUGUGGCUGAGAGACAGUUUGCAAAGGAGCAGCAUGCAGAUGGAACUGUAAAGGAAGUUGGAGUCAAUUAUCAAAUCACAAUCCCAGAUCCACACUUGCCUGUCUCAGAAGAACGGUGGGCAUUGGAUGCACUAAGGAAUUUGGGUUUGUUGAAGCAGUUGCUGGUACAACAGCUGGGUUUGACUGAGAAGAGCACUCAGGAAGACUGGCCACAUUUCCCAAGAUGCAGGACAGCCUCUCUGGGGGUGCAGGCCGACAGUGGAACCCAGAACCCUGAAAAUAUUAUGGCCUGUCGUCCUUGUGAAGGACAGAUGCCCUUGAGAACUGGCGCUGGUGACACUGCAGCUCGUUACGGUGCACGGACUUCAACUGAACCUUCUGCUGCACGGGACUCAGUGGUACUGGCAUUCCAAGAUAGCCAGGCAAGUAGCAUUUUAGUAAUGGACCGCAUGAUUCUGACCCCAGAGAUGCCUCCCGCAGAGCCAGAAGGGGGUCUUGAUGAGAGUGGAGAGCACUUUUUUGAUGCCCGUGAAGCACAUAGUGAUGAUAAUCCAUCAGAAGGUGAUGGAGCAGUUAAAAAGGAAGAGAAGGAUGUUAAUUUGCGCAUCUCAGGAACCUAUCUGAUCCUUGAUGGCUGUGAAGCAGUGCAGGAGAGCUCCACGGAUGAGGAGGUGGCUUCCUCGCUUCCCCCGCCGCCCACGACAGGCGUCCCCUCUAUGGACUCCACCCGCCGGCAGCAGCGUUCUCCCCAGAACGCUCAUUCUGAUGGGGCAGUUUCACCUUUCACCCCAGAAUUCCUGGUCCAGCAGCGCUGGGGAGCUAUGGAGGAUUCCUGUUUUGAGCUCCGGAGUCCCUCCUCUUGUGCAGAUUCACAAAGCCAGAUCAUGGAGUACAUUCGUAAGAUAGAGGCUGACCUUGAACACUUAAAGAAGGUGGAGGAAAGUUACACCAUUCUUUGCCAAAGGCUGGCUGGAUCAGCCCUCACAGACAAGCACUCAGAUAAAAGUUAGAGCCGCGUGUCCUGGAGGUGACUGCAGGUGGUUGGAUUUGAGCAUCGGCCUUGUAUCACCACGUCCUGGCUCCAGUGUGGACACAGAGAGAGUGUGUGACAGAGGAUCUGCCUGCGAACACCCUGGGGUAGCCACGCCCCAGGGGCCCAGAGCGGGACUGGUUCUUCCCAGCCUGGCAGCUGCACUAGUCUGUCAGUGAGGGGACAUCCGUUCUCUCACUCUGCUCUCCUCACUAUCGGAAAUUCAUUUUGAUUCAGAACAAAAACCAAAUGUAUAGAGCUUUGGGUGUAGAAUAUGAAAUUUUACUUAGACUUAAGAAAAAGAGAAAAUCAGAUGUAUUUAUUUGACUUCAUUCCGUAUUUGAAAGCACAUUUUAAUUUUUAUUUUGCCAUGUUUUGUUUUAAUUGAGUAGUGAGAGUUUUAGCCCUUUGUAUUUAGUACACCCAAGCAUCGAUGGCUCCCGAAGCAAAGAGUUCAGGGUGGGGUGUUAGGAGGUG